AUGAGCCUUUUGGAGAUUAAGUAUGUCCCGCGGCCUCCGGCAAUUGGACAGGGGUGCAAUCUGGAUUCCAUGAUUCUGCCGGAGGCCGAGGAGGUGCCCCACUUGCGCGAGUUGGACUUUUGCGUGAACGCGGAUUUCGUGCACAUAGAGAACAAGUACGGCACCUUCAUCUGCGAGCCGCACCUCUCCUUCCCCAACCAAGUCUUCCCCUCCAACCCCUCAGACGCCCCUCCUGGGAGCUACAGGCAGAAUGGAGGGGAGGAGGAACCGGAGGACCCUUAUGUCGGGGAUAGGUCAAUGGACGAGCACUACGGUGGGUCGACCAUAAUGGCGUACGAUCCGCUCUUCAACUGGGACUCGGAGCGCGCUGCUGUCAUCGGCCACCGCCUGCCCAUCCGCCCCAUCACCUCGCCCUCCGUAGGUACACGUUUCUCAGUGCGCAUCCUGGGCCUGACGGUGCAGGCAGGGCUGGUGGAGCCAGUGAGCGGCACCAUGUGCCUGUACCACGCCGAGCGCCGGGAGAAGGCCUCCGAGGACUUCCACUUCCAGUUCCUGCCGGCGCAGUGGGAGGGCGAGAGCACGUCCCCGGACACGAGAGCCAUCUUCUCAGUGGACAAGGAGUCGGCGGCGCUGUGCCUGUUGGUGCAGCUCGACAAGGCUGCCAGCGAGGAGAGCGUGAACGGGAUCAAACCGGCUGUGUAUACUCGCAAGGACCCGCCCACCCUGACGGACAAGGAAGCAGCGCGCCUGUCAGAGUGGGCACAAGUCAUGCCCUUCCGAGAGCCCCUCGCGUGGAUCACCAUCCCCCUCUUUGAUUCGUCUGUCACCGGCGGAGUGGGGGGCUUCGGAGCCUCGGGAGGCGGCAGCUCAGGGGGAGGGUCGUCAGGGAGUCUGGGGGGAGGUGGGGGCGUGCUGGGGGUGGAAGGGGGAGGCAUGGGGGGAGGGGCGGGGUCGAGUCCGGUGGUGGAUAGCAAUGGGGUGCGCGUGCCGGCUUAUGAGCUGGGGGGGCCACCAGUGCAGAUUGACAUUCCCACGUUGAAUCGCGCCAAGGAGUGUUAUACUGAUGACCAACUGCUGGACCCCAAAAAGAAGGCGCAGAAGCCAGUGCGCGUCUCCAUGCACUUCGAGGUGGAGAGGCUACCCGGAGGGGCGGCAGGGGGGGCGGCAGCGGGCGGCAGUGUGACGCCGCGGUCCCUCAGCAGCAGCGCGUCACAGAGGGGUGUGAACCGGGCGCGGUCGCAGGACUCCAUGACCUCAGACCUGGACGAUGUUAACAUGGUGCCAAGGAGCCUUUCGGUUUCUAGGUUCCUCACUGGGUUCCAGGCGAUAGACUUCACGGACAUGGUCAGGGCGGAGCCCUUCACGCGCCUGGUGCAUCUGCUCUUCGUGUAUCCGCAGCAGGUCGCGCUGCCCAAGAAGCUCAACCUCUUUGUGCGCACCGAGCUGCGGGCAGAUGACCUCGACAUCCAACGGCCGUCAAUGGAGGCCAUCUUUCCCAAGGAGCGCAAUGGUCCCAUGCUGCGUACAGCCUCCACCCAGGUGGUGCAGGGAGCACGGCCGGCACUGUUCCAUGACGAGGUCAAGAUGCAGCUGCCUGCCUCUGUGACGCCAGCACACCAUCUGCUCUUCACCUUUUUCCACAUUGACCUCUCCCUGCGCUCCGAACGACCCAAGCCGGUGGCAGUGGGAUAUGCAGUCAUGCCUCUUGCUGCUGCUCUACAGGCGUUCAAAGCGGAGGUGAAUCUGCCCAUAUCCAAGGACCUGCAGCCGCGCUACCUGCAAGAGAGCACCAAGUCGCGGCUGACCUACUGGGAGGAAGGGAGGCCGAUAUUCCGAGUCCGCACUCGCCUCUUCUCGUCGCUCCUCCCACUCUCCGACCGCCUGCGCGACUUCUUCCACCAGUUCGACCGCCACAUGCUGGAGGCGCCCCUGCCGAGAGAGGACCUGCUGGAGGCAAUCAACGCGCUCAAGACGGUGGACGUGGUGGUGCUCAUGCAGUUCCUCUACCCGCUGCUCAACAUGCUGCUCUGCAUGAUCGGCAACGGCGUUGAGACGCUGCAGGUGGCUGCUUUUCGAGCCAUGAUCAACAUCGUCUCUAGGUGGGUACUAGUCAAGGCGGUGGACGUGGUGGUGCUCAUGCAGUUCCUCUACCCGCUGCUCAACAUGCUUCUCUGCAUGAUCGGCAACGGCGUGGAGACGCUGCAGGUGGCGGCUUUUCGAGCCAUGAUCAACAUCGUCUCCAGGGCACCGCAGUCGCUGCCUCGUGCACUUUGUCUCGACUUCAUCGUUGGCUCUCCCAUCCCUUUGUCUCACCCCUCGGCCACUCCAACCCGCCCUCCUCUCACAAAGCAGAGUGCACCUGGAGCUGGCACCACAGACUGGCUCAGCCCCCAUGGAGCGCAGUCGCGCUUUGCCGACUUCAUUUCUAGUGCAGCUGGAGUUGGCACCGCAGGCAGAGUGCAGCUGGAGCUGGCACCUCAGACUGGCUCGGCCCCCAUGGAGCGGAGCCGCUUCCUCGUGCACUUUGUCGACUUCAUAUUUGACGAUCUCGGUCGCAACCAGCCGCCUGUGUACCCGGGUCUCAGCAACGUGUGGCGCAGCCUUGCACGCAGCAAGUCGAGAGGGUUCCGAGUGGGGCCGGUGUAUGCAGAGGCGCUGCAGAUGGCGUGGUUUGUGCUGGAGCUCAUUGUUAAGUCCAUGGACCUGGAGCUUGCUCAGGUGCCGCAAGGGGACGAGAUUGCGCGUCUAAGGCUAGAGGACGAGGUGUUUCUGUGCAUCCGGCAGCUCUUUGAGUGCCUGCUGGCCGAGGUGCACGAAAAGGCAGUCUCCGACCCACCCCUCGCCAAGAGCCUCAGCUCCUCCAUCUCCUUCUUCUGCUACGACCUCAUCUCUGUCGUGGAUCCGCCGCAAGUCUUUGAGCUGGUGGGUCUGUUCCUCUCGCAGUUCGUUGGGGUGUGUCCGCCCAUGCAGCACAUGUUCAAGCUGCACUUCCUCCGCAUCGUCUGCGACCAUGACCUCUACAUCGAGACGCCUGGCAGAGGCCCUACAGAGAAGAACUAUCUGACAACAGUGCUGCUCAAGGACCUUUUUGUGAGCCUCGACCACGAGGACCCCAGUCAGCGAUCGCUGGCUGCGCGCAUGCUAGCCUUCCAGGUGGCGAAGCACGAGUACGAUGCGCGGUACCAGCAGCCGGAGCUGAAGCUGUACAUAGCGCAGCUCUACAUGCCCAUCGUCAACAUGAUCCUGGACGAGGUUGAAACCUUCCACACUCUAGGGGUCAUUCAGAGGAGGCAGAUCCUCGUGGUGAUGCUCACAGUGGUGCGCAACUUAGAUAAUGAGACGCUGCUCAAGGCGUGGAAGCAGAGCGACGUGCGCACUCGCCUCUUCUUCACGCUCCUGCAGCAAGCCCUCGUGCUCUUCCAGCACCCGCCACAGCUGACAGCUGGCAGCAAGCCCCGCCCCACCGCCACCAAAUCCAGCCCCGCCACGUCAGCACCCGCCGACGCCACGCUGGCAGUGGAGCCGCCACCAAUCCCGAUGUACUCGGACCGAGUCUCCCUGGCAACCAAUGAUCAGCUGGACGAGAUGGCCCGGGCAGAUCCCAAGGCCUUGCUGGAGAGGGAGCAGAUAAUCCGAAAGGUCACGGGCGGCGCCGUGUCGGGCGGCAAAGGGUCGGCGGUGUCAUUAAGGGAUGUGCUCGCCCGAUCGAGAAUACCGCCCAAAGAUGCCAUGGCUCUGAUGAGACAAAACCUGCCGCCCAGCGCUUCUGGGAAGCUGUUAACAUGGGAAGCCAGCGUGGCGGCAUGGUGUGCAGUGCAGGUGCUGGAGGUGGUGGAGAAGUUCAGCGACAUGGCUGCUGAUGGGCUCGUGGCCACCGACUAUCAAACCAUGGACUGCCUCACUGGCCCUCUCUCCGUCAUGCUCGCGCUGCCCCAGCCAAUGAGCUUCUGGGAGCCCUUGGUGCCAGCCUUUGCUGAGAUGCUGCGCCUGCACGGCAAGGCCAUGCUGGACGGCCCGCCCUCUGCUGCCGCGGCGGACACUGCUGACAGUGCCGGGGCAGCAGCUAAGGGGGGCGACGUGUUGCUCAAGGGCCUCUUUGGCAGCCUGCUGAAGCAGAUGGCCCUCCGCCCCGAGUUCAUCAGGAAGAGAGCUCUGCUCUGCCUGCUGCUUCUCCUGCGCAACGCUCUGCUGCACAUGAAGGACGUGGAGCGCCUCAGAGUCAUCCUCACAGUCGCUCUCUCAGAAGUCCUCUCCCACAUGCGCCUUCUGCACGCGCCCUCGCCCUCCCCCGCCCCCGCCUCUCGCUCCUCCAGCGCCUCUAGCAUCGCUUCUGCUGCUGGCAGUGCGGGUGGGGGCGCUGGGGAACUGGUAGAGUCCGCAGAGGUUGAGAAGCUGAGGCUUUCGCUGGAAGAGCUUGGGACGGAGGAUAAGUGGUUUCAGCUGCUGGACGAGUGCGGGUUACCGUCGAUCUGCCUGGAGAUUGUGGUGGAGGAGGAUGAGGAGAAGGAGGAGGAGGAGGAUGAGGAGGACGAGGAGGAGGAGUAUGAGGAGUGGGAUGAAGGGGGGAGUGUGAUGGUGGGGAGGAGGAGGAAGAGGGAGAGGGACAGGUGGACGUGGUCGAAUGUGGAGGAGACUCAGGACAUGCUGCUCACAGUGGUGGAUGCGGCAUCACAGCACGAACAGCUGAUGGAGGGGCUGAAGACGUCCAACGACAAGUACGCCAUAGUUGAGAGUUACUACAUCCUCGCGCAGGCGUACGGGCACGUGCCCGAUCUGUACAUCAUGUGGAUGCUGCACCUGUGCGACGCGCACCAGGAGAUGAACCAGUGGGCCGAGGCCGCUCAGUGUGCUGUCUCUGUGGCCGGCAUUGUGAUCCGGGGGUUGCAAAUAGCGUCGGAGGAACCAGUGUGGGACGAGGAGCACCUGGAAGUGCUGUGGAGCAUCUGCCCCUUGGCCCGUCACCAGUGGCGCGCGCGGGCCUUCUCCUCCCAGUCAGGCUUCGGGGCGGCGCGGGUGACGGUGGAGGGGGCGGUGCAGCACGUGCAGCGGGCGAGCAACCUGUUCUACAAGGCGGAGCUCUUCCACUUCUGCGCUCUCAUGCUCUCCCUGCUGCUGCCGCUCCACCGCACCCGCCACGACUACAAGCAGCUGACCAAGACGCACAACAAGAUCGCGUCCAUCUAUGAGAACGUGGAGCAGCAGGAGACGAGCCCCAUCCCCUUCAAGGACGCCUGCUACUAUCGAGUCGGCUUUUAUGGGGAACGAUUCCGAUACAUCGAUGGCAGGGAGUUCAUAUACCGAGAGCCAAGGGAUGUGCGGCUGGGAGACAUCAUGGAGAAGCUCAAAGCACUCUACGAUGCCCGCUCGCCCGACGAGGAGCCCUUGCAGAUCAUACAGGACUCCCGCCAGGUGGACCCUGCCGCCCUCAAGCCGAACCUCGUCUACAUGCAGAUCACCGCCGUCGAACCUGUGGUAGGUGCGGGGGAGGAUCGGUGGCUCGGCAGACCUCUCGAGCCUCCGAUUGCCGGGACUCCAACGUUCAGUUGUUUCUUUUUUGACACGCCGUUUACCCCGAACGGGAAGCAGCAGGGUCGGAUGGAGGAUCAGUGGAAGAGAAGGACGCUGCUGUACACGCAGAGCACGCUCCCGAGCCUGAUUAGCCGGCAGCCGGUGGUUCGGUCGGAGGUUCGGGAGUACUCCCCGAUCCAGUGCGCUGUGGAGAUUAUCGAGUCUCGGUCGUUUGCACUAGAAGCCGAAAUGGCCAGCCAGUUGGGGGAUUCUGGGGCGGCAGGGGCGGCGGGAGGCCCAGCUGGAAAGAAGGAUCCGGCAGCGGUUGUAGCUGCAGCAAUGGCAGCAGGGUCGGGGCCGCUACAGCUGCCGCGGUUGCAAACGCUGCAGCGGUUACUGCAGGGGAGUGUGGCUCUACAGGUGAACAGUGGUGUGCUGGGAGUGUGCAUGGCGUUUUACCAGGCGAAUCCGCAGGGGGCUAAUCCAAGAGCCAAGGAUCCAGAGAAAUUGCAGCCGUCGGAACUUGAGAUGUUGACGUCUGCUAUUGUGCGGUUUGUGGUGGUGUGUAAGCGGGCGGUGGUGGUGCAUGGGAGGGCGGUGACUGAAGAGGAUAGGGAUUUCCAGGAGCAGUUGGAACAGAGCUUAGAAGACCUGGAGAAGGAGAUUUCAGCUUUCAUUCCAGGGCUAAGGAAACGAGCAUCGGCUUACUAA